GUGGGGGCGUCGUCAGGAGCCGGUCAGGUGAGGCGGGCCCUGCUGGGGGAAAUGUUUCCGUGAAGGGGGCUGGACGACCCCGACAGACUACCAGCAGGGACAGGAUAUGUCCAGUGUUUCACUGUGUUUUCUCGGUGUAAUGCAGCUGAACAGGGUCAGCAUUGAUCACGUUCAGUCCUCGGCAGUGUGUCCAUCGGUGUGCCCGCCUGUUUGAGCUCCGGAGGCGGCGGGAAUGGAGCGGCGCGACGGGGACCAGAAUGAGAGCUGCGCGUCCCAACAAAACACGAUGUGGAGACAGUUCCAAGCCAAAGCCAAGCCGCUGCUCAGCCCCAAGCUGGGCUCCAGGGAGCCCGAGGAGAAGAAGGAGCGGGGCAUGUGGAUGUUCAAGAAGAUGAAGAGGAAGGAGGAGGUCGCCAGCUUGGACCGGGUGAUCUCCUCCUCGCAGCCGGACCUGCUCUUCUCCUCUCGGGUGGAUUUGGAGGCGAAGGAGCUCUGCGGCAAGGCGGCGGCGGCGGCGGCGGCCGGGAGCGGCUCCGGGCUCGGCAGGGAGAAGCCGCACAAGUCGGAGAAGCCCACGCUGGCUCAGCUGGUGCAGUCCCACCACAAGAGCUCCUCUCUGGGCUCAGCGUGUCUGGAGAGGCUGGCCGAGCCCGCGGACGGCAGCGGCGGCGGCGGCGGAGGAGGAGGCGGCGACGCGGCAACAGCUGCCGCAGCAGCGGAACCACAGCUGGACGGCAGCGACGAGCAGCCGGGUAUGGGAGCUCCGUGCUCCUCGGGGGUCACGUCCGAGCGAGCCAUCCACAGCUCAGGGAUGUACAAGCUGGAGAUCGAGCUGAAGAGAGGAAACAACCUGGCCGUCAGAGACAGAGGAGGCAGCAGUGAUCCGUAUGUGAAGUUCAAGCUGGCGGGUAAAGAGGUGUUCAGGAGCAAAACCAUCCACAAAAACCUGAACCCGGUGUGGGACGAGAAGACGACUCUGAUAAUGGACUGCCUGAGUGACCCCUUGUAUGUAAAGGUGUUUGACUACGACUUCGGCCUCCAGGACGACUUCAUGGGCUCUGCUUAUCUCUACCUGGAGUCUCUGGAGCAGCAGAGGACGAUCCCUGUGACUCUGGUGCUGAAGGACCCUCAGCACCCGGACCAGGACCUGGGCUCUCUGGAGCUCGCCGUCACCCUGACGCCCAAAGAAAGUCCGCUGGAGGAGCGGCGAGGCUCCACGACCAUGCUGCUCAGGAGAUCCUGGAAACGUUCCACAAAGCAGCAGCAGUCUCUGCGUCUCUCAGACGUCCACAGGAAGUCUCAGCUGUGGCGAGGGAUCGUCAGCAUCGCUCUGAUCGAGGGCCGGAACCUGAUCCCCAUGGACCCCAACGGGCUGAGCGACCCCUACGUCAAGUUCAGACUGGGCCCCCAGAAGUACCGCAGCAAGACGGUGCCUAAGACCCUGAGUCCUCAGUGGAGGGAGCAGUUUGACCUCCACCUGUACGAGGAGACGGGAGGCGUGCUGGAGAUCACAGUGUGGGACAGAGACACCGGCAGGAGGGACGACUUCAUCGGACGCUGCCAGUUGGACCUCUCCACUCUGUCCAAAGAACACACUCACCACCUGGAGCUCCCGCUGGAGGAGUCCCGGGGCUUCGUGGUGCUGCUGGUCACGCUGACUGCCUCGGCUCACGUGUGCAUCGCCGACCUGUCCGUCACGCCGCUGGACGACCCGCAGGAGCGCAGGGAGAUCAUCAAACGCUACAGCGUGAUGAAGUCGUUCUCCAACAUGAGAGACGUUGGCGUCCUGCAGGUCAAAGUGAUGAGAGCUGAAGGACUCAUGGCUGCAGACGUCAACGGUAAGAGUGAUCCGUUCUGUGUGUUGGAGCUGAACAACGACCGACUGCAGACUCACACCGUUUACAAGAACCUGAAUCCAGAGUGGAACAAAGUCUUCACCUUUAACGUUAAAGACAUCCACUCGGUGUUGGAGGUGACGGUGUUUGAUGAGGACAGAGACAGGAGCGCUGACUUCCUGGGAAAAGUGGCCAUCCCUUUAUUACACAUCCGUAACGGAGAGCAGAAGACUUACCUGUUGAAAAACAAGGAGCUGACCGGACUGACUAAAGGAGUCAUUUACCUGGAGUUUGAUGUCAUCUACAACACAGUUAAAGCUGCUCUGAAGACCGUCGUCCCUGCAGAGCAGAAAUACAUCGAGGAAGAACCAAAAGUCUCCAAACAGCUGCUGCAGCAGAACUUUAACCGGGUGAAGAGAUGCAUCAUGGUCCUGAUCAGCUACGGGACGUACAUCAACAGCUGCUUCGAGUGGGAGUCAGCACAGAGGAGCAUCAUCUCCUUCAUGCUGUUCGUGGUGGUCGUGUGGAACUUUGAGCUCUACAUGUUGCCUCUCGCUCUGCUGCUGCUGCUCGCCUGGAACUACUUAUUCUCCUCCAGCAGAGACACUGCAGACAUGUCCAUGGAGGCCAUGUUUGAAUGGGAGGAUGAAGAAGAAGAUAAAGAUGACAAGGAGUCGGAGCCUAAAGGCUUCAUUGACAAACUGUACGCCAUCCAGGACGUGUUCAUCAGCGUGCAGAGCGCGCUGGACGAAGUGGCGUCAUACGGAGAGAGGAUAAAGAACACCGUAAACUGGACAGUGCCUUUUCUGAGCUGGUUGGCGAUCGCUGCCUUAUGUUCGGCCACAGUUCUUCUCUACCUCGUUCCCCUUCGAUACAUUGUGCUGGUGUGGGGGGUGAAUAAGUUCACCAAGAAGCUGCGCAACCCGUACCUGAUCGACAACAACGAGCUGCUGGACUUCCUGUCCAGAGUUCCCUCUGACGUCCAAGUGAUGCAUUACCGGGAGCUGAAGGUGGACCCCGGUCAGAGUCCCAACAAACGCCGAACAAGGACGAACCCUAGUUAGCCGCCCGCCCUCUCCCCUGUAAACUGUGUAAACUACGUUAUUUAUAUAUUUCUUGUAUAUUUUGAUGAUCAUGGAGAAGUUGUAACUGUUGAGUUGUUUGUUCUUUGUUUUUGUUACUGUGGAAAGAUUUAUUUUCUAAACCUUGUAAAGAAAAAUAUGCUCUUAAUGUUUUUUAAUGAUCUGUUUUAAACUACUACACACACAGAGUCUAAUAAUAAUAAUAAUAACGACAAUAAUAAUAAUAACAAUAAUAAUGUAUGUUAUGAAUGUUACACGGACUAUGCAUGUGUGAAGGUUUGCUGCUGCUGCAUGGAGUCUCUAAAUGUUUGAUUUCUCUCAACAUUUGUGUGAUUCAGUGUGUUCGUCGCUGCAUGUUUUUUUAUCACAGUUCCUCCACACACACACACACACACACACACACACACACGCACACACACACACACUCAAGAGUAAAUAUUAUUCUUUUUACUGAAUAAUCAUUAUCUGUAUUUUUACAGGAACUUUUUGUGUCCGUUUAUUUUAUUUUGAAUCUUUGCUUUUUGCCUGAUUCUUAUGGAGGACGGAACCCGCCAAAAUAAAUUAAUUAAUUACUUAAUAGAUUAAUUUAUAUACACUAAUGGCCAAUAAUUAGUCUAUAAAAUGUGACAUAAAAUGUAAUUUCUAUUUUAAUUUGCAUCUUUAUUUUUUUUUGCCAUUGUAUUAAUUUUCCUAUUUUUUUACAUCACUGUUUUAUUUUAUUUUAUUUUCCCUUAAGUAAAUAUAUUUAUUUUUUAAAAAGGAAAUAUGGAUGUUUUUACAAAUAAAUGCUAAGAAAAAAAAAC